UCGUCUUUCAAGUUGUUUUCGUAUCGUAGGCCUGCAAGGCGAAAGUCGUAAUAUAGUAACGGUGAUGAACUGAGCGAUGAAACGAGUGACCCGUAACUCUUAUCUGAAGGAACACUACUAAGAACCAUGACUGAUGUGUUGACACUGAGCUAUUUAUAGUUAGAAAGGUGUUUAGCGAAUCUCAAGAAACAUAAUGGAUUAUAGAGGAGAUCCUCAUGAAUAUUCCAGGGGCCCACCAGAACAAGUGCAGAUGCACUCUGUCAACCCAGGAUACACAGAGCCGACCCAUGCAGGUAAUGGCCGUCCACCUUAUGUGAUUGACAUGCAUUCUGGUAUCCAAGAUUUAGAUGAGAGAAAUGGUGGGGAAGGAGAUGAGAGGAAUUUCCAAAACAGGGGAAGCAGUCGUCGUAAUUGGGCAGCGGAGAAUCGACGUGAUGCUACUGACCUGAUAAAUGAACUACCCAGCAGACAGCUAGAGCAAAUCGCUAGUGAUGCAGCAAGACAAACUAUGCGAAGGAAAAAGAGUAAGAAGAAGUCUUUUCAUGGAACUGUACGCGGAGUACGGGAUUACAAUGACUUAGCAGCCUCACUGUCACGUGACCCAGAGCUGAUGGACGAGUAUGAUGGGGAGACUAGGACAACUGAGAGACUACGAGAUAUGGCUGUCAAACUCACUGACAAGAAAGAGAUCAGAAACAAUAUUUCAAAUUCACGACAGCACACGAUACGAAGGGGCGUCCAGAGUCAAAGGCCGGGGUGGUGGAAGAGGACCAAGUACAGUGUUGGCAUUGGCUGGAUGCACUUCAAGUACCGCCUUGCUGAACUUGCCUACUCUCUGGAACUGUGGAGGAGUCUGAUAAAGAAGAUAGAGGGUCACUUUGGCACUGGUGUGACCUCCUAUUUCCUCUUCCUAAAAUGGAUCUUCCUCCUCAAUAUCCCCAUAUUCUUUCUAACUCUUGGCUUUAUUGUCAUUCCACAAAUUGUGUACGUAGAGUUCCAGCCAUCAGCAGAGGCAGUAGCAGCAGCUGCUGCUAACAGUAACCAAACAAAUGUUACCACGGCGGCACCAGUUGUCACCACAACAGCAGCAUUCACAGGCAGAGAGCUGCUCACUGGCUCCGGCUAUUUUACUAACACUGUGCUGUAUUAUGGAUACUACACCAAUGAUAUUGUACAGGUCGUUGGGGAAACAAAGUAUGACAUGAAAUAUGCCUACCUCCUCACUGGAGGAGGCUAUUAUAUCCUGUGUCUCAUCAUCCUGGCACUGAGCAUUUCCAGGUCCUAUAAGAAAAAUUACAUUGAAGCAAGUGGAGUGUUCAAUUUCUAUAUUGUGACAAAAGUAUUUUGUGGCUGGGACUACAACAUUACUGCUUCAGAUGCUGCUCGACUUCGACACAAAAGUUUCUUUAAUGAAAUCAAGGAAUUUUUGUCUGGUAAAAAGUUUGAGGAUGGUGACAGAGGUUUAUCUACAAAGUGUAAAUGGUUUUUAGUGAGAAUCGUAACCAACCUCAUCGUUAUAGGAAGUAUAGGGGGCUCAGCUUACUGUAUAUACUAUAUCAAGGACACAGACUAUAUCAAGACUAGUAUUCUGAUCCUUGGAGAGCUGGCCAUGCCCUUGGUGGCCACUGGGAUCAUCCUUGUGCUGCCGUUUGUCUUCACAAGAAUAGGGAAGUUUGAGAACUACCAGAAACCACAGACAGAGUUAUAUGUUGGUAUGACGAGGACAAUGUUACUGAAGGCUGCCAUACUUGGUGUUCUGGCAUAUUUUUGGUUCAACAAAACAAAACAUGAGUCAAGUGCUUGUUGGGAGACUGCUCUGGGAGAAGAUAUAUAUCGUCUAGUACUUGUCGACUUCAUCUUUACUCUGAUUGCCACUUUUUUCCUGGAGUUUGUUCGUCGGUUGUUAGGCCAGUACUGCUGUAAAAUACUAGGAGAUACUGAGUUUGACAUUGGCAGAAACACUUUGGACCUUAUCUACUCUCAAGCUUUGUGUUGGUUGGGCACAUUUUACUCUCCUCUGCUCUCAUUCAUCAUGAGCAUCAAAUUAUUCCUUCUGUUCUAUGUGAAAGCUGUCAGUGUCCUACAAAACUGUAAACCAUCAGUGAGAGCAUGGAGGGCAUCAAAAAGUCACACCAUCUUUCUAGGUUAUCUCUUCAUUUUCUUCCUCCUGGCAGCCAUUGCAGUAGCUUAUGGAGUGUUGCUCGUGCAGCCCAGCAGUAUUUGUGGACCCUUCCAGGGCCAGAUGCAGGCAUAUGACAUUGUGACCACCCUUGUCAACAGCUGGAAGGGGGACCUGAAAUGGCUUCGAGAAAUCUUUAAACUGGUUUCCUCACCUGGUUUCAUUGCCAGUGUACUAGUAGCCUUUAGUGUUGGUACCUACUACAUGAGGAUAGUAAUGGUGGGCCACAAAGAAAUGGUCAAGCUUCUGCGACAACAGUUGGCUAUGGAAGGACGUGAUAAAGCAUACCUGUUGAAUAUGUUACAAGAGGUCAGUCGGUCAAGAAAGGAGAAACUGCGGCCAUCUACUGAGAAUCGUAUCUUGUCCCCAACAUCGGCUACUUCUAUGGAAUCCUUGACCUCACCAGGUGGACGCAGGUUUGUGCGAACAAUUGCAGAGACUGUGGCAGCGAAUACUCCUCAACAGUCCCCCGUCACAAAUCGCAGGACAAGACACAUAGACGGCAAUGAAAACAACACUUCACGAUUCUGAUUCCAAUUUCUCACAUUUCUCCUCCAUUUUCUGAUAGAUAGUGAAUAGUAUAAAGAACUGUCUUUAUUUAUUUACUAACAUCUGAUCUAUUGUGUCUGUAAUACACAAGACUAUCUAUGUGUGUGAUCCUUGUGUCUGUAAUACACAAGACUGUCUAUGUGUGUGAUCCUUGUGUCUGUAAUACACAAGACUGUCUAUGUGUGUGAUCCUUGUGUCUGUAAUACACAAGACUGUCUAUGUGUGUGAUCCUUGUGUCUGUAAUACACAAGACUGUCUAUGUGUGUGAUCCUUGUGUCUGUAAUACACAAGACUGUCUAUGUGUGUGAUCCUUGUGUCUGUAAUACACAAGACUGUCUAUGUGUGUGAUCCUUGUGUCUGUAAUACACAAGACUGUCUAUGUGUGUGAUCCUUGUGUCUGUAAUACACAAGACUAUCUAUGUGUGUGAUCCUUGUGUCUGUAAUACAAAAGACUGUCUCUGUGUGUGAUCCUGGUGUCUUUAAUAAACAAGACCAUUUCUCUGUGUGAUCCUUGUUGGGUGUUGGAUCAUUUCUAUGCAAUUAGAGGUAUUUUCUAAUAUAACAUGCAUAUUCAAGUCUAAUAUGUUAUCAAUGUUUGUGUUUAUAUAUAAAUACAUUAUUGUACACUAUUUAUAACAGAAAUCUAUCCAUCAUUCCUUUUACUUGUAAAGGCCUACCUGUUAUGAAAUAAUACUUAUUGUAAAAAUAGAUUAUAUGUUGUAUACUUCAUUAUUUAAUAGACAUUAAUUUAGUUUAAUGAUGAAUGGAAUACCAUUAAUCACAAGGAUGUAUGUGAGAAUCUAAUGCCCUACCCCAGAAUAACUGUAACUACAUGGAUGUGUGUGAGAAUCUAAUGCCCUACCCCAGAAUAACUGUAACUACAUGGAUGUGUGUGAGAAUCUAAUGCCCUACCCCAGAAUAUCUGUAACCACAUGGAUGUUUGUGAGAAUCUAAUGCCCUACCCCAGAAUAUCUGUAAUCACAUGGGUGUGUGUGAGAAUCUAAUGCCCUACAUGGAUGUGUGUGAGAAUCUAAUGCCCUACCCCAGAAUAUCUGUAACCACAUGGAUGUGAGUGAGAAUCUAAUGCCCUACAUGGAUGUGUGUGAGAAUCUAAUGCCCUACCCCAGAAUAUCUGUAACCACAUGGAUGUGUGUGAGAAUCUAAUGCCCUACCCAAGAAUAUCUGUAACCACAUGGAUGUGUGUGAGAAUCUAAUGCCCUACCCCAGAAUAUCUGUAACCACGUGGAUGUGUGUGAGAAUCUAAUGCCCUACCCCAGAAUAUCUGUAACCACGUGGAUGUGUGUGAGAAUCUAAUGCCCUACCCCAGAAUAUCUGUAACCACGUGGAUGUGUGUGAGAAUCUAAUGCCCUACCCCAGAAUAUCUGUAACCACGUGGAUGUGUGUGAGAAUCUAAUGCCCUACCCCAGAAUAUCUGUAACCACGUGGAUGUGUGUGAGAAUCUAAUGCCCUACCCCAGAAUAUCUGUAACCACGUGGAUGUGUGUGAGAAUCUAAUGCCCUACCCCAGAAUAUCUGUAACCACAUGGAUGUGUGUGAGAAUCUAAUGCCGUACAUGGGUGUGUGUGAGAAUCUAAUGCCCUACAUGGGUGUUUGUGAGAAACUUAUGCCCUACCCCAGAAUAUCUGUAACCACAUGGAUGUGUGAGAAUAUAUUGCCCAGAAUACUUGGAACUGUAAACAUACCAGCAUACAAUGCAGCAUAUAUUCAGCCCAGUAAGAAACUCAUAUCUGCUAUAGAGGAAAUCUUAAUCUGCCACACAUAUGUAAAAAAAAAAAGAAGUGUUUUAUACAAUUACUGACAAUUACAAUCAGUGUUUUAGGGGUCAGUGUUUGUGAGGUAGCGUUUGGGGGUCAGUGUUUGUGAGGUAGUGUUUGGGGGUCAGUGUUUGUGAGGUAGUGUUUGGGGGUCAGUGUUUGUGAGGUAGUGUUUGGGGGUCAGUGUUUGUGAGGUAGUGUUUAGGGGUCAGUGUUUGUGAGGUAGUGUUUGGGGGUCAGUGUUUGUGAGGUAGUGUUUGGGGGUCAGUGUCUGUGAGGUAGCGUUUGGGGGUCAGUGUUUGGGGGUCAGUGUUUGUGAGGUAGUGUUUAGGGGUCAGUGUUUGUGAGGUAGUGU